ACAAUGUGAACAAUGGAACCAUGAAAUUCAUGGAAAGCAAAGAAACCCGGAAAAUUUAAUUUUAGCUAUAGCAUGGCGUCAAUUAACGCGAGAAAAAUGUAGGAACAUUUGAAUUAUUAGUACAUAUUUUCAACUAAAUGAGAAUUUCGCGCGAGAUAUAAAAUGCUAGUUAAGCCAUCACAGAAGUUCAGUGUCAGUUGAGGUUCAGAAUUUAAAGCAAUAAAUAAACCAAAUAAAAGCUAAAUGAAGGCACAGGAGCGCGUAUUUUUAUUUCUGCCGCUAAUAGGUCUACUGGCAAUACAGUCGGUGGCAGCGCACCCGCAUCUUUCCUUUAGCGCCCUGUACGCUUCGGAAGAGGAUGGCUUUAUUACGAAUGCCGAGUAUGCAGAACGUUCGCUCUCCGCAGAGGCACGGCGCUCAGCAGAAGAGUUGGAGAAGUCAAAGGAAGCGAAUAGCAGUAACUGCACUCGAGCGGGCGGUGAUCACGUAACACCGAAAACUAGUGAACUAACCUACAAAAUAUUCGUGAAAGUUCUGAUGCGUGACUCACGCCAAGUGGUUAAAAAUAAAUUAAGAGAGCUCAAAGAAAGUCACAAUGGCAGCGGUGCAGAUAUUUCUUACUUUUUCGUUGUGUUAAAGAAGAUCAACAAAUUGCGAUUGGUGAAUGAAUCGCAGGAGGGCCAAGUGAUGCACGAUGCCAUUAGGGAAAUCGUCACUGAGAAACACGACAAUUCAGAGGAUGCGACAGCUUGGCUCAAUAAAAUGUUUGAUCGCAUAUUCUGUCUGGCGCUCAAAGCGAAUUCCGAUGAAGACAUAGACGGCUUGGCGGACAGCUUCACGAUCGAGGAGGAAAUCAGUCAACACUUCAACGUCUUCAUACAAUUUUGGCUAAAUUACACGCCCACAAAAAACACCAAGGACAGCACAGUUGAUGCAACAGCAGAAACGGAUCGUGUGCCAAAUGAAACGCUAUGUGUGGUUGACAUCCCUAAUUUGCCUUUGAACACAACGAAUAUCACGCACAGCAUUUUCGCAGAAAUAGUCAUACGCGAUUCGCAAAAAGUAGCUCAGAGAAAGUUAGAUGAACUAAAGUCGCUGGAAUCGGAGCAGUACAAAUGGUAUAUUGCCGAUUUGACGAAAAUACUCGAGCACAUUGACAACCGCUUAUAUGACAAUACAACGGAGGAUGGUGAACUUAUUUACAAGUCGCUGAAGAGCAUCAAUGAAAUGAACGGCGAAGAUGACUCAACAUGGCUGGAUCACAUCGUUGAUCGCAUCUUCUGCAUAGCAAAAGAAGUGCGCAUGGAAAGCGAAAUGAAGAGUGCAGCUGAGAGUAUUUCGAUAGAGGAAACUAUUGAAGGGCACUUUGAAAUUUUCAAACAAUUGUGGUUGAAUUGUAAAAAUUUGUAUAUUCAUAGAGGCGAAAGCAUAUACAAGCUUUGUAAGAGUCAGCGAAAGUACUACGAUGAGUAGAUGGGCAUGUACGUAGGUGAAGUUUCCUAAUAGAUUUUGGUUUAUGAAAUUUCCGGUUAAAAUAGAAAAACCCUAAAAAUCACUAAAACAUGUCUAGCUUUGUAAAGUAACUAAAUGCAUACAUAUACAUUAGCGUGGGCCGAAAAUUCGCUUUCAUAAUAUGGUUCAUUAUGUUCUAAAAUAAAUAUGUGCGAAAUGAAGAUUUUUGAUCAAUAUCUUAGGCUCGUCCAAGUCCAUAUAAGUUCAAUGUGCUCAAAAUUUUUUUUUUUAUUUUUAGCUUCCUACGAUCGCAAAUUUAAUGCUCUAGAAAAAAGGUUAGCAUACCAAAUUAUUUAGGGCUAAUGCUCUCGAAAAUAAUUGUAAUUUUAGUGAAAUUAUUAAAUUUUUCAGUUUUUUUUUCAUUUAUGUGCGAAAAAUAAUUUAUAAAUUACUCAUUAUAUAAGAAAUUAAAUUUAUCACAAGAAAGUCCUUUUUGUGAAGAAAACACACUUACAUACAUAUAUUGUGUUUUUUUAAUAAAUUUUUAAUAAAAUCAAUUUUCCAGUCUUUAUGUUAACUUUCAAUAUAAUUGAAAAAUCAGAAAUUUAGAGCUAAUUUAAUAGCAAUUUUUUGAUUUUAAUUUCAUAAAAUUAAAAACGUGGGGUUCACGUGAUGGACAUAAAUUGUUUAUAACAAAAAAAUUUAAAUUUGGGUUGAUCAAACAUUUUAUGAAAAAACAUUAAAUUACUGUGUUUUCUUAACAAAAAAGGACUUUUUUGUGAAGAAUUGAGUUUAUUAAAUAUUUUUCACCCAUAAAUAAAAAUUCUAAAUUAAUAAAUAAAUUACAUACAAUUUUUUAUUUAUUUAAGAUUGCAAUUAUAUCUGAAAGCAUUAGUUCUACACUAUUUGGUAUACUAACCUUUUUUGUAGGUAAUUAAAUUGGCAAUCGAAAUAAGCUAAGAGUUUUUUUUAACAUAUUGAACUUGGGCGAGCCUAAAAUAUUGACCGAAAUUUUUUACUUUUCGCAUAGAUUUUUUGCAGAGCCUAAUGAACCAUAUUUUUUCUAUUAACCAGAGGAAUUUUUAAAAUAGGCGGAUUUUCGGCCCACGCUAAUAUACCUACAUAAAUAUAUACACAAUUGGCUCUAUGUGCUAUAAAAUAUCUUUAAGUAUUACUAUUUAUGUAAAUAAAAUUCUAUUUAAUACAUUACAAGUUUAACAACAGUUUCUUCUUACACUGAAUAGCUAAGAAUUCAUUGCAAAUAAAAGCAGUUAUUGGUUAAAGUGGCGAGUCACAAAUUAAAGUGAAAUAACAGAACUGACCUGAUUACUGUAAGUGUUUUUCAUGGAUGCGAUGUAAAGCGUUAAUUGCGAAAAUACAUUAUAUUUCUUAAUUUGAGUCUUUUUUACUGGCUAGCAGUUUUGCUCUGACUAGAAAUGUAUUUAAUCUUAAAAAAAAAAAAUCGCUUAUGGUAAACUUCAUAGUGGUAGAUAUUUAUAAAAGCGCUUAUGGUGUUUGUAUGAUAAAAGUGCAACAUUUUCUACACUUGUUAAAAUAAGGGACCGCAACGGCUAUGAUCUUUAUAACAAAAAUCAUAAUUAACCGGUGGUCGCUGGUUAAGCAUAAUCGUUAUUUUUAGAUUUUAAUUUUUUUUCGGUCAGAUUUUGAUUGUUAUUUUAGAUUUCUAUUUUUCGAUCCUAUAAAGGUUAUCAUUU